UGUGCCCCCCCCCAGCAGGAUGUACAUGUUUAGCAGUGAGGUAGCAGUAGCAGCCUGCUUUGAUGUUUUUUUUAAAAAGCAAUUGAAACAAUGGUGUCAGGUUAGAAUUCUCUUUUUAAAGCCUACACUAUUUUCCAUCUUCAGUUGUUGUUUAUGCAACCUCCACUACAGUCAGUAACCUCACCAUAGACUGUAUGAAACCAUUCCCUCCCCAGUCAGCACAAUUACAAAUUUCUCAGUAGAAGAAGAAAAAAACGAAAACUCCUCCCUCCCACCCACACAGACAGUUUUUUUGUGUCUAGCUCUGUCAUAUGUGGAGAAAUACAGCAGAGACAUGAGGAGUCUGAGGCGAAGGAGACCACCUCUUUUAUGAAACAAUGGAAAUGUGGUUGACUCUGCUGUUACUCACAGCCCUGGUGAUAUCUGAUCAAGCAUUUGUGAUUCUGGAUGGAUUGCGGAACAGUGUGAACGUUUCUUUUGGUGGCUCUGUGAUUUUUGAAUGCGGUUUGAAGACUGAGACCAAAAGCAGAUUUAGUGUAAAAUGGUAUUUCAACCCGUCUGGAUCUUCGUUCAAUGGAUCAAAGCCAUUCUGUGAAGAGAUCAUUAACAAAUCUGCAAAGUUCUCCACCCUGGGGUCUAAUCAGACAACGCAGGACCCGAGUAACAAAGAGCGAGACGCUCAACGUUGCAAUAUAUCAAAUGUAACGGAGCAGAACGACGGAUGGUACUUUUGCGAAGUCACAAUAGAUAUUCCCAUAUUAACCUAUAAUCACAGCAACGGAACGAAAUUAAUUAUUUCAAAGAGCAAGGAACAUACAACGCACCCGUCACUACCCCUAGUGACAGGCAAACAAGCUACCGUGUCUCCCACAGACAACUUCUCGCUGGAUGGCCACUGGAUGUGGAUCCUGUUGGGGGUAUCUACUUUCAUCCUGAUUGUCCUGCUGGUCCUGUGUGUCUUGCUGAGAAGAAGACUCCGCAGAAGCAGAGGAGAAGAUCCCAUCUAUGCAAACACUCGUCCUGUGGCCAACAAACAGCCUUCACCUCGGCCGGCGAUGCUGGUGGGCAACCUGAAGACGGCUUCUUCCUCUCAAAACCUCCACAACCCGAGUCCAGGCCGGAGAUACCACGAUGGCAAACAGAGAUACAAACAAUGAAGAUGUCAUGGACCUCACAACACCUCCUCACAUUUAGCCAUGGCCUUUACCUGCAGUCUAUUCACUGCGGUGCAGGUUCAAUGAACAGUCUUUUUAUUGUUAUAAUGAUUUAGAUUCAGAUGAUGAUGAUUCAGACAGAAGUGGAAAUGUGUAUACAGCCUUCUUCUCAAAUCUUUGCUGUAAAAUAAUUAGCUAUGAGCCACUAGGUGGCAGAUUGAGGCUAUCAAUAGGUACUUUCAAAAUGUUGUUACCCUUUUAUCUUUUCUUUUUAGUUUGUAUUUCAAUUCCUAAAAGUAUUAGAAAAUGUCGCCAACAGCAGCCUUUGUAUGGUGAACAAGCAAAAAGUGCUGUUGCAAAUUGUUAUUUCUAGUAUGACUUUCAUAUGGGAGUGACAUGUUAAUGGUUUUUUUCAACUGUGUGCAUAUUAUAGAUUUUAUAUUAAAAUG